CCCGGCUGUGACGUAUCAGCACCAGCGUCAUGGACGAAGCAGCGAAGAAUCAACAUGCGAAUAAAAGAAUAAACUCAGUCGCAGAGAAGCGGAGAUUAACGCCGGAUUAAGCGCGCGGUCAACCAGCGACCGAGGACGACGUGAACAAUGAGACGUUUGUCCAAAAAGAAAGCUCUGAGUCUGGUGAGGGAGCUCGACGCUUUCCCCAAAGUCUCAGAGAGCUACGUGGAGACGUCGGCGUCAGGAGGGACAGUGUCACUGAUUGCCUUCUCUGCCAUGGCUCUUCUGGCCGUCCUGGAGUUCUUUGUGUAUCGAGACACGUGGAUGAAAUAUGAAUACACUGUUGACAAGGAUUUUUCCAGUAAACUGAGAAUAAACAUUGACAUCACAGUGGCCAUGAAAUGUCAGCAUGUUGGAGCAGAUAUUUUGGACAUGGCCGAGACGAUGAUCACGUCCAGCGGCCUCAAGUACGAGCCUGUUAUUUUUGAUCUGACUCCACAACAGAGACUGUGGCAAAGGACGCUGCAGCUCAUUCAGAGCAGACUGAGAGAGGAACACGCUCUUCAGGAAGUGCUUUACAAAACGCUGCUGAAAGGAGUUCCCACGGCGCUGCCUCCACGGGAGGACGCCUCUGUGCAGCCGCUCAGUGCGUGCAGGAUACACGGACAUGUGUACGUCAACAAGGUGGCAGGAAACCUGCACAUCACUGUGGGGAAGCCUUUCCAGCAUCCUCAGGGACACGCCCACAUCGCAGCUUUCGUGAGCCACGACACGUACAACUUUUCCCAUCGCAUCGACCAUUUAUCUUUCGGGGAGGAGAUUCCGGGGAUCAUCAAUCCUCUGGACGGCACAGAGAAAAUCACCUUUAACAGACAUUUUUGUGAUUCCACCACAGACAACCAGAUGUUCCAGUACUUCAUCACGGUGGUGCCGACCCGGGUCAACACGUACCAGAUCUCUGCAGACACGCACCAGUUCUCUGUGACGGAGCGAGAGCGGGUGAUAAACCACGCCGCCGGCAGCCACGGCGUCUCCGGCGUCUUCGUGAAGUACGACACCAGCUCUCUGACGGUGACGGUCAGCGAGCAGCACAUGCCGCUGUGGCAGUUCCUGGUGCGACUGUGUGGGAUUAUCGGGGGAAUAUUCUCCACGACAGGCAUGCUUCACGGGCUCGUCGGCUUCUGUUUCAACAUCAUUUGCUGUCGCUUUAAACUGGGAGUGUACAGACCCAUCGAGUCUAAUGGUGUCUGUUGCUCCGUGACCUCUGACCCUCGGCCCUCAGAUUAGCUUCAUCCCUCGCUCUCACAACACGGAGUCACAGCGAUGAGACGUAAUCCCACCACGAGCCAGCUGUUUGCUAAUCUGAGAGGAAAGACACGGACGCGGGCGCCCUUCUGUGUCCUCUGUCCUCGUCUGAAGUCUGUGUCCUCGUCUAAAGUCUGAUUGAACCUUUAAAUUCUGCGCAGUUUUUUUGCAAUUUGUUGCCAUGGUUACUCGCAAUGCUUAGAAAAGUCCCAGCACACCGACUAAAGGAUGUGUGAGAACUCUGGAGGAAGGUCUCUGCAGAGCUCUCUGUUAAAACCACUUUAUUACCUUUAUUAAUAAUAAUAAUAACAGUAAUAAUAAUGAUAACAGUAAUAA